UAGAGUUGAGUUGUUUCUAAGAUGGCGUCGAAAAAAACGCGUCUUCUUUUGUGAAAAAUGCAAUCAUAACAACUCGAGUUUUCUGCUAAUAAAUGUGCGCUAGUUUGGAACAGGACCAUUGAAAAACAGUGCUAAGCGUGUGCCGAGUGUUUUGCAUGUGAAAGUUUUGGUGCGGGAGCAUAGUGAAAAUGGCCACAAAUAUGUAUCGAGUCGGAGACUAUGUUUACGUUGAGACAACGCCGAACAGUCCCUACUUAAUACGACGCAUCGAGGAGCUGAACAAAAACCAAACCGGCAAUGUGGAAGCGAAGGUCAUGUGCUUUUACCGCCGCCGAGAUCUGCCCAAUCCGCUCGUGCAAUUGGCCGACAAACACCAACUGGCCACCGCCGAGGACUCACCGUUGGCGACCAAGCUGAAGAAGACCUGGCUACGCACACCCGUAAGCGAGGAGCAGGCGGCGCAGGCUGUGCUCGAUCCCUCAAUAGCUGCCCUGGAUGAGGAGCGCACCAGUCCGACGCAAACGUCCGGCGGAGGAGGCUCGGCCACCGGGAAUUCCGGCAGCAACAGCAGCGGCACUUCCAACAACAACAGCAGCAGCACUGCCAGCGGAGGUGGAGCGGGUGGCGCCGGAGGUGCAGGAGGCGACGCGGAGAAGGGCGAAGCGUUGACCAGCAAGCAGCGCUAUCAGAUCAAGCACCGCGAGCUGUUUCUGUCACGCCAAGUCGAGUCGAUACCCGCCACACAGAUCCGAGGCAAGUGCUCGGUGACCCUGCUCAACGAGACGGAGUCCCUGCAGAGCUAUCUUAAUAAAGACGACACAUUCUUCUACUGUCUGGUGUUCGAUCCAAAUCAGAAGACGCUGCUCGCCGACAAGGGCGAGAUUCGGGUCGGCAGUCGCUACCAGUGUGAUAUACCCGCCAAGCUCAAGGACACCGCCACCGACGACCGCAAGCUAGAGGAACUCGAAUCGCUGGUGUGGACGCCGGAGCACAGUCUGACCGACCGCAAGAUAGACCAGUUCUUGGUCGUCUCGCGCUCCAUCGGCACCUUCGCCCGCGCCCUGGACUGCAGCAGUUCGGUGAAGCAGCCCUCGCUGCACAUGUCCGCCGCGGCGGCCAGCAGGGACAUCACACUGUUUCACGCAAUGAACAUUCUGCACAAGCACGAGUACUCGAUUGAAGAGUCCAUGUCGUCGCUAGUUCCUUCCACUGGGCCUGUGCUCUGUCGCGAUGAAAUCGAGGACUGGAGCGCAUCGGAGGCGAAUCUUUUUGAAGAGGCGCUGGAAAAAUAUGGCAAAGACUUUAAUGACAUUCGACAAGAUUUCCUGCCUUGGAAAACGCUGAAACAAAUCAUCGAGUACUACUACAUGUGGAAGACCACCGAUCGCUACGUGCAGCAGAAGCGAGUGAAGGCCGUCGAGGCGGAGCUGAAGCUCAAGCAGGUCUACAUACCGCAGUAUAACAACAAUGGCAAGGGGAACGGAACGUCUGUGAAGGCGGGCGGUGGCAUCUAUAAUGGAACCACAAACGGGAGCACAGAUCUCUCCAACAAUGGGAAGCCAUGCGAAUCAUGCGGUACAACGAAAUCAUCACAGUGGAACUCGGUCAACAGUGGGCACAGUACGUGCCGCCUUUGCCUGAGCUGCUGGGAGUACUGGCGGAGGUACGGCAGUAUGAAGUCGGCGACCAAGGGCGAUGGUGGCGAUGGCGACGCCAAGAAGAAGUCAUCAUCGGCAGCGUCGACGCCGACCGCCGCGUCAGCGGGUCUAGCUACAACGCCCACGGCUGUGGUGGACCUGAAUGAUGACGAGAAAAUCAGUGAUCUUACCAAUCGUCAGUUGCACAGAUGUUCUAUUGUCAAUUGCGGCAAGGAGUUCAAGCUUAAGACCCACCUGGCCCGCCACUAUGCGCAAGCGCACGGCAUCGCCAUCAGCUCCGGAUCGCCGCGGCCCAUAAUGAAGACGCGCACUGCCUUUUACUUGCACACCAAUCCCAUGACACGGGUGGCGCGUGCCAUCUGCCGCAGCAUCGUGAAGCCGAAGAAGGCGGCGCGACAGAGCGCGUACGCAAUCAACGCCAUGCUGGUGAAACAAGAAUUUACAAAUCGUAUUAGUGGAAAAUCGCAGGCGGAGAUCAAAAAGUUGCUCUUACUGAAGCCCAAGGAUCGGGGUAGUGUCACCAAGAUUGCCAAUCGCCUAGGUGCGCCGGGCAGCGGACCGCAUGAUUGGCUAGUACUGACGCCCAAGGACAAAAUGCCGCUGCCGGCUGUCGUCUCGUUCCCCAAACCCCCGAAAGCGCCCGAUGGCAGCUUGGUAUAUGACCGAGUGCCGAACAAGUCACCCGACGUCGUGGCCGUGCCGGCCGACAAGGAGCUCACAAUAAUUCCCACGCAAGCCACGUCGACGAUACGGAAGCGGGCACACGAAGACCAGCAGUUGAAUGGCACUGAAGUUACUAUAGUUCCCAGCGGACCUCCUGCCAAGCGGCCGAAUAAGGAUCCCAUGCCCUCGCAUUGUCCCAGUCCUGAGCAGUUUGCGGCCAUGAUGGCGGCAUCUGGACAGCCGCUCUCUAGGCAUCAUCUCAAUGGUAAACAGAAGAUUGCGCAGAUGGCCCGCGGUGGCAACGGGCGCAAGCAGGUUAUCAGUUGGAUGGAUGCACCGGACGAUGUUUACUUUAGGGCUAACGAUACACACAAAAAAACGCGAAAAAUACUCUCCGCCGUGGAUCUGCGUCGCGCGGCGCGCAAACCAUGGCGCACACUGCCCAUCAAACCUGCGGCGCCCGAGCCGAGUAGCAGGCCCAUUGAAUCACAAAUCGUAAUACUGGACUGACCGUCGCCGGCGAGCACAUUAACAGCAUCAGCAUCAGCAGCAUCGGCAACCAAGUUGUUAUCGUCUUCAGCAAGUAGGUUCGAGCAGCAGCAUCCUCCAUUUCCAUACACCAUGGAUGCACUGCUCAACUAGGAGCACUCUCUGGUUUGACGGGCUUGCCAUGUACAUACCCCCGCAGCAUAAGGCACACAGACGUGUGGACAGGCAUUCGACUUAGAAUCAGGAUCAGUGUAGUUACAGCAUCACUGUAUGAACAGGACAACAGAACGCGAUACCCGAUAGCAACCACAAACCACUUUAUUAGCGCUUAAAUAGAUGUCUUUUUAACAACAAAUAGUAAGAUAGUAAGUGUUAAGGUCUGUAGCAGCAGUAACAGAACGCGAGACAACAAAAUAUUUAUAAAUAUUUUAUAUAUUUUUUAAAUUUAAAAAAUCUCAACACACCGAAUGCAAGCUGCACUUUCCUGCGAAGGUGCCAGCUGCAACGCACGAAACUCAAAUGUUCGUUAAUUCGUUUAGUACACAACGCAUUUGCAAUGGUUUUUUAAAUAUACAUUUGUGAAUGUGUCAGUUCUGUCGAACUUUUAAAUCGCGCUCUAAAGUUCCACUUUAUUCCUUUAUUUCGUAAACCUAGCUAAAACCAGAUACGUAAUUAUGAAAUUGAAUGGCCUCCGUAAGUUUUAAAUGUUUUUCUGUCCAAAUUUGAAUUGUAAGCCGAAAGAUAUACAUAUUUGAAAUUGUUUGAGCGAUUUGAAUUAGGGAGUGGAGAAAUUUAACAUUGUUAAUGAAUAAUGAAUGUGGCGUGCAAAAUUAAGUAAUUAAAACCCAAUAAUUUGUGCUGUAACUAGAAUCAAGAAGCGUCAACUACAAACAAACUGUACAGUAAAACUAAAAUUAAAAAGUUAAAUUUCGAAUAAAGCGUAUUUUCAUAAUGUAUGUAACAAACGACGAAAGUUCGGUCAUUCAAAGAGCUAUCCCACACACACGCCUGCGCACACUCCUCACCACCAACACCACCACCCCCACCCAAGCCCAAGCCGAAACCCACAUAUAGCAUAUUAUUAUUUACGCAUAUAAUUAGUACAAGUCUAAGCCGCAUAUAUGUAUGUACAUCCGCUGUGUAUGCUUACACGGAGAUAACAAAGAAUGUCGUCUAGACUCUAGACUCUAGAGAUAGAAGAGCAGCAGCAGGGCAAGCUGAAUGCUGAAUGCAGCAGCAGCACGGAGAGCAUAAAGAGAAAACCAAUAAGAUUAAAUGAUUAUGAAACGUUUCGAUUGUAAGCCAACAUACUUUAACUUAACGACCUAAGCAAUUUUGUAAAAUAAAAACACUUCAAAUUAAACGAUUAGUUAAGUCAGAUAAGAGAACGAACGGAUAGCAAGCUGCAACUAUUGUCAAAUUCUGGCCAUGAUCACAGCAGAAGCCGCGCGAAAGCCAAACCAAACCAAACCAGUCACCAGCCAUUGAUUUGACCUCCUUCCUUUCCACAAGAAAACGCAAAAUCCAUUCUGUUCAACCGGAAGGCGGCGACUUCAAGCAGCAAGAAAAAACAAAACA